AAAUCGAUCAAAUCCGCUGCUGCACCCAUGCUGUAACGUGAUAGAUUGGAGGACCAGAAAAAGACCCAUUUCUUUUUCUUUUUGUUUUGGUACAAGAAAAGGAAAAAGACCCAUUCUUGAAAAGACACGGACCCUUCUUGGUUUUGGACAUGGUUCAAAGCUCGCUCGGAAAUGAACUUGUUCUCCUCCGAGCGGCAAACCUGAUACCAGUUGAACAGAUUCUCUAUCUCUAAAUCCCGCGUGAAAGGUUGCAGAAGUUUUGGAUUCAUGUUUUCGAAUACCUCGGCGGACGAGGUGGUUGCCGCCCGUGGCAUCGACCUCAACUCUGCCGCCACCGCGGUUGAGCACCAAGAACCCUCUUCGGCGUCGUCGUCUGUUCCCAUCGUUGAUGCCUCCGGUGGAUCCGUUCCAGAAACCCUAACCGGGGCGGAUGGUUCGAAAACAUCGAGCGGUGGAGAUAGAGAUGGGGUUUUGGGUGGUGGAGACCAAGGUUUCUAUCAGAGCGCGCAGGCGAAGGAUUCCUUUGUGGAUGCAAAACCUGAUUUUGAGGGGGAAGGCAAUGGUCGUGCUGGGAAAGGAGUACAGGAAGCCGAUUCGCGACGUGCUGGUGAGGCUUUGAUGGCAGAGAUGGAUGUUGUUAAGAAAGAUUUGGACUUGGCUGUUCCUUUUGUCGAGGCAGAGUGUCUGGAUGGGAGUUCAGUAGAGGAAAAUGCGGGAAGAAACGGUGGAAUUGGAGACUGUGUUGCAGCUGAUGUGGUUGUCGCGAAGGGUGUUAACGCAGCGGAAGCAAAGAGCCCAGAGGUGCCUCUGGUUGAUGGGAAGGUGAAUGAUAAGGAUGUUGUUACGGCUGAUGUAAGAUUCGAUGUGGUGAUCGGUGAUGAGAAUGCUGAAGGGGAUUCAAAGUUGGGAGUGGAAAUUGGUGCAUCUAAGGCGGUAGAGGUGGCCACUGCUUCUGCUUCUCUGUCCAAUGUACUCGAAGAUGCUUCUCCUGAUAAUAAUGGCGGCUGCCAAAAGACUGAGGUGGUUCAAAGGUUGGAAGUUGACGAAAAGGUUCCUAAAGUGGAGGAUAAUAUGGAAGGUUUUAUUAUGGACAUGGGUACCUGUGGGGUCCAGAAUGUGCAAGCCAGGGAACGAGAAAUGUCAAAAAGCAGAGAGAAACAAAGGCAGCGAGCAUCUGAUGCAGAGAACAAUCAGCAUGUCAUGUGUUACUAUGCAUUUCAAGAUGAAAAGAAGGAUGAUUUUUGGGUUUCGGAUAUGGUCUGGGGUAAAGUGAGGGGCCACCCAUGGUGGCCUGGACAGAUCUUUGAUCCCUCGGAUGCAUCAGAGAUGGCAUUGAAGCAUGAGAAGAUGGACCACUAUCUGGUAACAUAUUUUGGAGACAAAACUUUUGCUUGGUGUGAUGAAUCCCACCUGAAGCCUUUCCAGACAUACUUCAUGCAGAUGGAAAAGCAAAGCAGUUUGGAUGCCUUUGUGACUGCUGUUAAUGAUGCCCUGGGGGAAGUCUCAAAGCGGAUAGAGUUGGGGAUGACUUGCCACUGUUUAACUGAUGAAGCCUGUGCUGAUAUGAAGCACCAGAAGGUCGAGAAUGCUGGGAUACGGGAAGGGACAUGUAGCCCUGCCAUUGACAGUUCUUUGAUUGCAAGCUCGUUUCAACCUGCUAAGUUCCUUGAUUAUAUUCGAGCAUUAGCUCAGUUCCCGAAUGGAGGAGCUGAUAGAUUUGAGUUCCUGAUAGCAAAGGCUCAGUUGAAGUCCUUUUAUCGUUCUAAAGGUUACACUGAACUUCCUUUAUUUGUUAUUGGUGGAGGGCUGGAGAAUGUUGUGGAAGCUUCACCAGCUAGGAAAAGAAAAUUGGAUAACGAUGUUGCUGAUUUCUCAGCUCCAGUUUCUUCAUACUCUAUUUCUGGGAAGGGAAAAUCAAGAGGUAGAGGGAGACCUCCUAAGCAGAAAAAUAUUUUGGAGGAUGGUAGAAAGCAGAAGAGCCUGUCUGAACUGAUGGAAGAGAAAAAUGUUCCUCAUUAUGGAGAUAGUGGUAGAUGCGGAUCUGGAGCUAGAGCAUCUUCACGUUCAUCAGGUAGGAAACAUAAAGUUGUUGAUUCUGAUUCUACCGGCCCUGGGAAGAGUAAGAAGAAAAGGCUCGACUCAUUAGGGGAUUUAGAAACAAAAUCACGAUCUCCAGCUCGUAAAAAAUAUUCCAAGGUUGGAGAUUGCAUGCGUCGAGUUGCUGACCUGAUGACAGGAUCACCCCCUAUCCUUCUUAAGUGCAAGGGUGAAACAUUCCAGAAGAGCCUGGCCAAGGUGAACGGUAGAGGAGGUGAUGCUGUGAAUGACCCUCAUACACAUGUGGAGACUCGAAAAGUAAAAAGAGGUGCUUCAAAGGACAUCCCCUCCCAUAGUGAAAUGCUGUCACAGCUCUGCUUGGCUGCUAGGGAUCCCAUACAGGAAUACAGUUUUCUGUCCAUGAUAGUCAGUUUCUUCACUGAUUUUAGGGACUCACUUGCGUCUAUUUCUUUCAAAAAUAAGAAGUUUGUGGAGGUGUUGGGGGCUAAAAGGGGUAGGAGAAAAUCGACCAGCUCUAUGUCAGCCUCUUCGGAGAUGUCCCAGCCUGACUUUGUGCAGGAUUCUUAUUGGCCCGAUAUUGUAUUUAGAGAAAUGCCUGAAAAAGAACUGGUAUCUAGUGACCGGAAAAGAAAACGAGAAUCUCAGAUGAAGAGGCAAAAGAAAAAGAAGCCUGCAGAGGAGAUAUCAUUCUCUGUUCCCUGUCCUGUGUUGGACACUCCGCAACAUUUGCAAGUCGGUUCUGCAAGCAUUGACAAUGGACAAGAAGUGGCAGCUGAAAGACCAAUGAACAAUUCGGAGGAAAUUAUUGAGGAGUGCAUGCCCACUGCACUGGUUUUGAAUUUUAAUGAGUCGAAUGCGCUUCCUUCUGAAAGUGACCUCAUCAGUAUUUUUGGUCGCUAUGGACCUCUCAGGGAAGCAGAGAUUGAAGUUCUGAAAAAGGCAAACUGUGCUAAAGUUGUCUUCAAGAGGCGUGCUGAUGCAGAAGUAGCUUUCAAUAGUGCAGGAAAAUCCAGCAUCUUUGGGCCGGCACAUGUCAGCUAUCGGCUUAGGUACUUGCCAUCAAUGCCAAAAACAUCCCCAAAUAGCACUCCAUAAGGCAAAAAAGAUGCCUCACCCGUUGAAGGUGUCAGUCUAGAAGUUUCAGGUCAAGAAGAUUCCAUGGUGGUUGAUGACAUGCAUGUUGAACUGCAGGGCAAUGGAAUGUCUGAGUGAGCUGUUGAAACUUGGUGGGGAAACUGCUAGGAUUAUGGUCAAAAUGUUUUUCUGCUUUAUAGAGUGACAACAAUUAACUUGUUUUUUGGUCUAAGAAUACUUUUGUGCUUUAAGGGUAAUACAGGUGUUUAUUUUGUAUAGAUGUAAACUGAUCUUUUCAUUUAUAAGAUUUACCUUUCUCGACUUGCCAAGUUUUGAAAAUGUUACUUUCUGCCAGUGCUUCUCUGAACCUUGAUUUCUGUACUUGAAGGUGAGCAUUGAUUGAAGAAGUUGAAUGCUACUCUGAAGGUGCAAGGUGUAGGAACUAAAGUAAUCCAACUCUUGAUGGAAAAUUAUAGUAUUAGUUCAUUGGUCGACUCUGUUUUAUGUUCAGAUAUUUACAUCUUGACUGAAGUUGUAUGGUUUUAAUUCUAGUUAAAGGAUAUCAAAGGCUGUCUUGAAGGAUUUUCUUUGGUUUUCAUGUCAAUAUGUGAAACUAUGAUCAGGAAUUAGGAUUGCGGGGAACCUGUAUCUUUAUGGCUUGUACA